CACUUACCGGUGCGGUUUAGCGCUUGAACUAUCCGACCGGCCUCGUUCCCCCAUCAAAAGCAUCGGGACGCCAGAGUUCAAAUCCCUCGUCAGAACCGCGCUCCUCUGUCUCUCUCUCUCUCUCUCGCUCGCUCUCUCGAUCGCAGCGCCUUGCUGCAUCGCGUUCCAUCGCCCAACCCUCGCGCUGCUUAAGCCACCGAGGGCAAGGACCAGACCGGAGGAUCGAGAGGCAGAAACCCUAGUUUCUCCGCCGCGAAUCCGGUGAAGAAGAUGAUCCUUCGUACCCCAGCUCAGAAGAAGAGGAGGCCCGAUACCGUCCUCACCGACCAUGAGAGCCCCGUCUCCGAUCGCCGCCUCGUGCUCUACGAGGGUCCCGCGCCGGUUACCGCCGUCGACCCCUCCGAUGAGAUGGUCUGCACCUACCACUGCCGCCAGAUGCUGUCAGGUCAAGUCAGACUUUCUGGUGGCCCUGAAUAAUGCCGAGAAGCAAGUAGCUGAAUAUGAAGCCAAAAUGGUGAUGCUGAACAGCGAGUUCAGCCAAAGUGAGGAUGCAAGAAAGAAUUAUAAAGAUCGUGUUUUGUCUUUGGAGCAAGAACUUGAUGCAUCAAAAGGGCGUGAACAUGCAUUACAAGAACGAUUGUUGAAAGAGGUAGGUGAUUCUAUGGAGCGCUACAAGGAACAAGUAAAGCGGUGCUGUGAACUAGAGAUGCAACUCAAUAAAGAAAUUGAGUCUCGUAAAAUUGCUGAAUUAUCAAUCACAUCAGCUAAUGAAAGAUCUAGAGAUCUGGAAGGGAAGCUUCAGAGGUUAUCCGACAGCUCUGAGAGGGAGAAAAAUAUUCUCAAGAGACAACUUGAACAUCUGCAAGAUGACUCGAAGCUCUCUUCCUAUAAAAUUGCUGCUGAUCUGGAGAGAAUGAAGCUCAGAGCAGAAAAUUCAGAAAAAGAGUCAGAAUUGUUAAGAGAGCAGUUGAAUGAUUUGAGGAUGCAGCUAGAUGAGUGUCUUCAUGAGAAGAGUGGACUAGAGCACAAGCUUGUAACAUAUGCUGCUGCUCCACAAGAAAGUACUUCUGAAGAUGAUAAUUUAGUGAAGCAUCUAAGAGAGCAGCUCCGAAACUAUGAGGCAGAAGUUCAAGAAGCUAGGAAAUUGAAAUCAUAUCAUGUUAAUACUGAGUUAUUGAAGGAAAAACUAUUAGAAGAAAAGGGGCGCAGGGAAAAGGCAGAAACUGAGUUAUCUAAAUUGCAGGAGGCCCAAGUUUAUGCACAGAACUUGGAACUUGAACUUGUGUCUUGGAAAUCAUUGCUUGAUGAGCUACCUGAUGUAUCAGCUGUCACUGAUAUACCCAAAAAAUUUGCAGCUUUGCAAAACGAAACAAUUCAAACCAUGUUGGAGGUUGGUGAAACAAAAGCACAUUUGAAACAGUUAGAGGUUGCUCUAGAGUUGGCAGAGGAUAAAAGACAGCAUGCUGAAAAGGAGUCUUCAUUGGCUAAAGAAAAAGCUAGUAAUUCUGCAUUGGAGAUCAGGCGUCUUGAGCUUAUGCUUUCUUCUGUAAUGGAAGAAAGAGAUAGGGUGAAAAAGGAAGCUAUCAUGUUAAGUAAACAGAAGAUUGGGAACGAAGGUGGACUAUCAACUGAAUCAUUAGUCAAGGAUAUGGAGUCAUCUCUUGUUGAAAGGGAAAACACGAUCAAAGAACUGGAGAGUAAUAUGCAUGAACAGCGAGAAAUGGUUCAUCGUCUACAUGAUGAACUUAAGCUAUUGAAUGAACAGCUAAGUACUGAAAAAAGAAAAGUUAAAUCUUUGGAGCGGGAGGGUGAUCGGUUACGUUCUGAGAUAUCUUUACUGGAGUCAAAGCUGGGACAUGGUGAUUAUUCUGCCGCAAACACAAAGGUGCUGCGCAUGGUAAAUACACUAGCAGUCGAUAAUGAAGCAAAGCAUACCAUAGAAGCACUGAGGGCUGAGCUGAAAAGAACACAGGCAAAGCUACAAGCUGUUGAAGAAUUGAAGGGACAGUCUGAUGCCACCAAUAUCAUUGAUGGAGGCAUACCUGAAAAACUAGCACAACUUAAAGGUCAGAUUGCAACACUUGAGAAACGUGAAGAGAGAUACAAGGCAGUUUUUGCUGAGAAAAUUUCAGUAUUUAGAAGAGCCUGUUGCUUGUUGUUUGGAUAUAAGAUCGUAAUGGAUGAUCAACACCGGCCUGAUGGAAUUCCUGUCACACGGUUCACACUGCAAUCUAUAUAUGCUCAAAGUGAUGAUGAAAAGCUGGAAUUUGAAUAUGAAUCAGGAAAUACAAACAUAUUGGUUAAUGACUACUCUUCUCAACCAGAGAUAUGUCAUCAGAUUGAGAUAUUUAUAAAGAAGAUGAAUUCGAUACCUGCAUUCACGGCUAACUUGACAAUCGAGUCAUUCAAUAAGCGGACCUUGAGUUGAAGCCCUUACAUCGUGGAUGGAGAUGACUGAACUAUGAGAUAGCUGAAAAACUAUGAAGAAUAUCAAGUGGUUCAUGACCCUCUUUCCAUUUGGUUUCCUCUAACACGCUAGAAGUGACAAACAUAUGAAGAAGUGGAUGGACGAGGGGACCGCUUCUUUUUCGUAUUCACAGGGUCACCUUUUUAUUUGCUCGGACAUUCUCUGUCAUAAAAUGUUCAUGUUUAUGAUGCUUUUCGUGCAAGCUAUCUGAACGCUACGUCAGAUUUGCUGCUUGUGCAGAUGAUAAUUCACUUUCCAGUUUGAGCAGCUUAGAUGGCGCAGUAAUGCUUGGCCGUUCACCCCGUCUCGACAACUGCAUGCCUCCCAUUGUGUUUUUGUAAAUAAUCGUGUAGGUGGUCAAAGUUAAAUGAACCACCACUAUUACUGCAUCGAGCGUGUAUAAUCCGGAAGUAAUUUGAACUUUGAAGAUGGCUUUUAUGAGUUGACGUUCUCUA